CUUCGAUCCUUUUCCCCUCCGCCCCUCUCAGAUAUCAGAUUUCAGAACCUGAAAUAUGAAUUAGGCAGAAGAAAAGUACAGAGACCCAUUAACCCAAUUUCUCAGAAGAAAUGGCAGAAAGUGCGGCCGCAGCAGCAUCGUCUCCAAAACCCCUCCAACCCGCAAACCCCAUUGACCCAACAACAGCGACACCACCAGCACCAACGACAAUAGCAACACAAGCGCCUACGCCCACGCCCACAAAUUCCGGAAUUGCUCAAAAUCCAUCAAAUUCUUCAUCGAAUCCACCACCAAUCCCUUCACCUUCUCCCCUUUCACACUCCCACUCCCCUUCCCUUGACCAUAUCUCCUCCCCUCCACAAAUCCCUCUCCCCACACAACCGCAACAACAUCAGCAGCUCACCCCAGCCGUUGGAUUAGAUUACCAACAACUGAAGCUGCAACAACAACAGCAGCAGCAGCAACAAUCCCAACAGCAGCAAUCUCAGCAACAGCAGAGUUUGACCCAGAAUGUCACCGCCAUGUCGAAUUAUCAAAUCCAGCAAAGCAUCCAACGCUCAUCGUCCAUGUCGCGGUUGAAUCAAAUUCAACAGUUGGGGGUUAUGAGGCAGCAGCAGCAGCAACAGCAACAGCAACAGCAGGGGAUUUAUGGGAAUGUGAAUUUUGGUGGGUCUGGUGGGAUUCAGCAGCAAAAUCAGCAGCCAUUGGGUACUGGUGGGAACUUAUCCCGUUCAGCGCUGAUCGGGCAGAGCGGCCACCUGCCCAUGUUGUCAGGCGCAGCCGCCGCCGUGGCUGCUGCGCAGUUCAAUCUGCAAUCCCAGUUGCUAGCAUCGCCAAGGCAGAAAGCUGGACUGGUCCAAGGGACUCAAUUUCAUCAAGGUAACCCUGGUCAAGCUUUACAAGGAAUGCAAGCAAUGGGGAUGAUGGGCCCACUUAAUUUGAGCUCGCAAAUAAGAGCGAGUGCCCCCAGUUAUGCCCAGCGAAUUAACCAGGGUCAGAUGAGACAACAGUUGCAGCAGCAAAGUUCUCUCAACUCUGCACAGAUUCAAAGCUUACCCAGGACGUCAUCGCUGGCAUUUAUGAACUCUCAGUUAUCUGGUUUGUCUCAGAAUGGACAGCCAGCCAUGAUACAAAACUCUUUAUCACAGCAACAGUGGUUGAAGUCAAUGCCACCAAUCUCUGGCACUGGUUCAGCUUCACUCCGUCUUCAACAUCAGAGGCAGCAGGCCCUCAUUCAGCAGCAGUUGCAGCAAAACUCGAUGGCCUUGAAUCAACAGCAACUAUCCCAGCUGGUACAGCAGCAGCAACCAAUGGGGCAUUCACAGCUACAUCAGCAGCAGCAGCAGCAACAACAACAGCAACUACAACCACCUGUACAACAACAAUUGCAACAACUGCCUUUGCAUCAGCAGCAGCAGUAUUCUCCCAGGGUGCCUGGACCCACAGGCCAGAAAUCACUUAGUUUGACAGGAUCACAACCAGAUGCUACUGCAUCUGGUACAACGACACCAGGGGGGAGUUCCAGCCAAGGAACAGAAGCGACCAAUCAACUUCUUGGGAAAAGAAAAAUACAGGAUUUGGUUUCACAGGUCGAUUCACAGGGAAAGCUGGACCCUGAAGUUCAAGAUCUUCUUUUAGAGAUUGCUGAUGACUUCAUUGAUUCUGUGACUACAUUCGCGUGCAGUUUGGCAAAACAUCGGAAAUCAUCAACUUUAGAGUCCAAGGAUUUACUACUACACCUAGAGAAGAAUUGGCAUUUGAACGUACCAGGAUAUUCAAGUGAAGAGCGGAAGUACCAAAGCAAACCUCUGUCAACUGAUCUCCACAAGAAGCGUCUUGAUGUUAUUCGCACAUUAAUGGAAUCCCCGCACCCUGAAACAAAUACAAGUAAUGCUAAAGAGAUGAUAAGACAGGGACUGACUAAUCCAGUUGGUGCCAACUACUUGGUACGACCUUCCAUUAGUCCAGAGCAGUUGGUUUCCCAAUCUACUGGUCCCCAAAUGCUACAGCAGAUGACACGGUUUUAACACAUGUACUCUGAAUUCUUAUUUGAUCUUCAUGCUGGCUGAGGAUGACUUCAUGAACACCGUUGGUUGGAAGAAUACAGAUUGCCGAUAGCAAAUAACUGUAAUUACGUAGCAACUA